ACUCGUCGUUCCCGUUGCCAACGUCUCGCAGCCCAGCGACGAUUUCUUUUCAUACCAUGCAGGAUUGCUUCACCAUCAUCAUUUCUUUGUCUCUGUUUCCAGUGCCAGAGACUGACUGCACACCCUGCGCAGCCACUGUCGAUCGAUCCGUUGUGAGCGGACACCGAUAUGGUAUACGUUGGCGAUAGUUGCUGUUAGCUAGCUGCGAGGAUCGGCCGCGGAUCCACCCGUCGUCAUGUUCUGUGCAGAAAAUCAAUCGUGUCUAUCGGCUCCAUCGGCAGCAUGAGCAGUUCUCGAGGUUAGAGCUGGAGAUUGCUCGUGCGCGUUUAAAUCUCUCCCUACGGUCUGGUCUGUGCGAGGAGCAUUGAUGAAAUUUGGUCGGAGUUUGGUGAGUCAUCGGGAUUUAGAAGUGUGAAGUAUAUGUGAGAUGACCAGCCCGCUAAGUAGAAGUUCGUACAUUCGGGCACAUCCAGUUCCUACUCUGCAUGUUUUGAAUGUGUUGGCUCGAUCGUCAACGUAAGUAUGAAUCCAUUGCUGCGCAAGAGAGCCUCGAUGUUUUUGAUUAUUGCUAGGAAUUUUCAGCAUUCGUAAACGCGGAUUUCGGUGGCCAGCAUUCUGUGAGGAACUGCGUUUAUUUCCGGAAAUGAUAGUUUGAGUUGAGGAUCAAACAAUGGCGCAAGUGGAUUCGCCACCGAGGACGAACUUGGCCUUGCAACCGUCGCCUGUACUUAUGGAAGCAGUUCUAAAGGUUGAUCAGGUUGUUGCUCGUCUUCAAAAAUUCCAAACUACUAUUUCCAGGGUACACUCGAGUCCGGUAAAUUCGAAACACACUUGGAUCUCCGGAGCGAAUCGCUUUGGAGAAAAGAACGCUGGGCCAGUUGGAUGUCAUGAUAACCACCGUUGGAUAUCUCUGAAUGAUCACAAGGCUGAUAGCAGAGUCCAGUCGAAAAUACAACCGGAAGCGACAGAGCAAUUUGCCAAGUUCUGUGCGGAAGAAAUGAGACAAGACGGGCUUCGGAAGGCCCAGGAACCUGCUGAUGAGAGUCCAGAGCUGGAGAAGCGGUUUGGCAAAGAUAUCAAGGGAAGAGAUAUUGCGUUUCCAACCAAGGCUCAAGUGCAGAAGACCAUGCGCGCCAAAUCUUCCUCAUUACGACCCUUAAGUGGGUUCAAGGUAGGAGGUUUUCCUUCUGAUGUCACUGUCAAACUGUUUCCACCCGCAAAGUUACAUCGCGGAAGAGACCCUCCGAGCAAGGAUAAUAACAAGCGUAAUUGCGGUCGUGCUUCUUCACACGGACGGAGAGUGAAAAGUUGUAGCCGGAGCAAUUCUUCAUCACCGAAACCUCUCGUUUCACGACCACUGCGUUUGAAUGCAGAGAGCCCUGAAACAAAGCGAGGAAGACUUUUCAGCUCGCCAUGUAAAAGUUUCAGGGAAUCUGCAAAUGAUGCAGACGACGAGCUUCUAGGCCCUAGGCGCUCAAUGACUGUGACUGAAAUCAGGGGCUCUAUGAAACUCUGGAUGCUGACACACACUGAGGGAAUGCUGUUUUCAAAUACUCUGAAUUCACUUUCCCCUCCUAGAAUUUCUGCGGACAGGCUCACACCUGCGAAGAUUGUUUCUACAAUAGGGAGGCGAAAGAGCUGUCUUACUCAUCCUUUUCCAAAUUCUCCUGAACUUGCUGAAAGAGAGUUAACGAAACUUCGCAUCACGACAUCAGCAAACCCCCUUUUGCAAACCAUCUCCAAAACUACCUUCAAAAGAGAAAGUCCUACCAAGGUUGCAUCUAAAUCUCUCGUUCUCACUAGAGCGAUUAAACGAGAAAACAAGGCACGAAAGGCUGCCAUGACCCGGGCCGUACGACACGUCGAGAUGGCGUCCGUGGGUGGACCCCAGAAGAGUUCCACAGUGACUAUGCUUGACCUCCUCCAAAUAAAGUCUCCAUCUCAUCUUCCAGCCACUCCGGUUGUGCUUUCGGACCAACCCUCAAGGAAGUUGAUGCCAUUGGAUGUAAAUACCAGCGUCUCGAAUAGGCCUGUUGUGAUGGAUAGGUCUAACAAACUAGCAGAAGACUUUCUAUGCAGAGCAUCUCACUCUCAUGCCAACGCCUCUGCUAAGGCGGAGAUUCCCGGACAUAAACCUAGCAGACCUUUUGCCUGUUCCAUGUACGGCAGUUCUGUUGAUAACUCUGUCAAGGAAAACAUCCAGGUACCAUGCGUGCCCGUCGCCGCAUCGUUCCUGCGGAACAUGUCGAGUACACCCACUCCCAACCGCAGUCUGUCACGAAAAAGUCCAGGGUUCUCGCUCAUACAUCGCGCUAAAGUGUGGGUGUCAUCCCAAGCCGUCAAACAAGGAAAGGUCCUUCAUCUGGAGAGGUGAUUCUUUAUCUUAGUGCCUCACCUCUGUCCAUAACCGCAGGAGAGCAAGGUCUGCGCCGCCUCCACACAUAGGUGUAGCAACGCAUUUUGUUGCAACUGAUUACCGUGGUAGAAUAAUUUUAUGUAUAUUUGCCUUCCUUAUACAAACAUAGAUGCUAGCCCUGCUGUGGAGACGAUUUUCCAACCUUGGGAAAGCUAAUCGUAGCCAAGCCAUAGUGUUGUAAUUUUAUGGCGUGACUCGUCAUGAAUGGCUUAUGAUGAAAUCUUGAGUAUCAUUAACGGGAUUGCCUGCAAUUGAAUUCGAUUUCAUAGAAGAUUUUAAAUCCA